AUGGCAAAUCUGGCUCUACUGAUAUUCCUAGUGGUACUGCUCACUCAGGUGGUAGCAUGGGUAGGACAAACAGUAUUACAAGAUAUCGCAUUCUCGAUAUACUCUAGAAUAGCUCUAUCCAAAUCAUCGAAAGAACAAUCAACCCUGCGUAAACAGAUCUUACAGGAUAAGGCAGAGUUGGGUAAAACUUCAUCUCAGGACGAGUUUGCUAAAUGGGCAAAAAUCAGGAGGAGGUUGGAUAAAGGUUUGGCAGAUCUGGAAAAGCUAAACAACACGAUAAACACCUCGAAAUCAUCAUUCGCAACCAAAUUCAAAUCGUUCAUAUGGAUCAUCACCUCCGGAUCUAAAUUAAUUUUGGUCUGGUGGUAUAGGAAACAGCCUGUGUUUUGGUUACCUCAAGGAUGGGUGCCGUACCCCGUAGCUUGGUUGAUUAGUUUCCCAAGUGCUCCAAUAGGCUCAGUAUCUUCCGGUGCAUGGUCCGCGAUAUGUACUAGAGUCUUGGUCUCUCUCGAGGAAAUUGUGAAAGCCUUGUUUGAACCUUCUACACCAGCUGGACCUAUACCCACUGCUCCUUUCCCUUCAGCAAGUGAAAAACAAGAAGCGAAGAUUGAACCUAUCACUUUGGAACAUGAGAAGUUGGAUUAA